AUGCGUCCGUUUGCCAUCUCAACCGCCCUCUUUGCUGUCGGUACGCUCGCUCAGAAGAGCGCAGCAGAUGUGGAAUGCGCCGAUGGAUUGUACAUGAUUGCCGCGCGAGGCACGGGCGAGGACAAGGGAACCGGAGUCAUUGGAAAGAUCGCCGAGAACGUGGCUAAACGCGUCAAGGGUUCUGUCGUCGAACCUCUCGAUUACCCUGCGUCUUGGCAGGACCCGAACUACGAGGACUCUGAGGCCGCUGGUGUCAAGGCCUUGACAACUGCCGUCAAUGAUUACCACAGCUCAUGCCCUGAUGGCAAGAUCGCUGUCUUUGGCUACUCUCAGGGUGGCCAGGUAGCAUCUGACACUUUCUGCGGCGGAAGCGGCGGAGACUUCCCAACCAACAAGCCCUUGGCCAAGGAUCUCGUCCAAGACAGCGUUGUUGCGAUCAUCAUCUUCGGCGACCCGAGCCACGUGGCAAACAUCUCGUACGACCAAGGAAACAGUAUCAACGACGGUAUUUUCGAGCGUAACAACACCAAGCUGUGCGAGGACAGCUACAGCAAGAUUAUCCGCUCGUACUGUGACACAGGCGAUGUGUACUGCGACGGGGGUAAUAACACUGAGACCCACGCAGGGUACUUUUCCAAGUACGGUAAGGAGGUUGCCGACUUUGUUGUGAAGCAGUAUGAGAGUGCAGCGACCGAGAGCAAAACUACUGCCUCAAGCACGGCUACGACUGCUACUGAGACGACUGGUUCAGCAACGGGUGCCGCUGAGACUACUCCGGCGGUAGCUCCAGGCAAUGCUGCGGCUGGGUUGGUACCCGGCCUCGCCUUGGCGAUGGUGCCUUUGGUUUUGGCCAUGUCACAGUUGCUGUAA